AUGUUUAUGGACAAUCAACAGCAGACAGUAGUAACACCAAGAGCACAUACAUAUUAUCCUAAAAUGCAUACGACGCCCAAGCAACACGCGAGAUCCGCAUCAUCUAACCAGACAACAAAUUUGGCACCCCAGGCCCCUAACAGAUCAUUUUCACAGAACCAUUUACUACCCAAUGAACCAACCACAGAGAAGUCAUCACAUAAUUCAUUAUCAACUUCAGAUAAUAAAAUAUGCCAGUGGUAUUGUUGUUCCUGUGGCCAGUCAUACGGAUCGGUGCUCUACAGGGACGAUUACCGAGAGGUUAGACCCAAUGGCCAACCACCACAGAAACGUGCAAGAAGCUUGGAUUCAUCCAAUUAUAUACUCGACAGCUUAAAGUACUACAGUCAGGUUGUCUACAGAGAUCAUAAGCACGUAAUAUCUAAUGCAUCAUUUUCAUCCAGCUCUAGUGUUAACAACAAUGCCGACACAAACUACUUUGAUUGCAAAACAACCACUACUGAUUCCUCCACACAGAGCACCGAAGGAUCACACAGUCCAAUUAUAGCCCCAAACACACCCAUGUUGUCGCCUUUACAUCUCAAUCUUAAUCACAACAGCUUUAUUGAUUACGGUGAAAAAGUAAUAUUGAAUAUACCUACCAGAUUCACUUGUCAUCGCUGCGAUCAUAUGAUGUGUCCCUAUUGUCUCAAAUUGAGAUUAAAAGAUUUAGAUAUAAGCUAA